AUGUCCCCCACAGACAGUGCUUCAUGGCAAAAGUGGCGCUGGGAUCCUAACCACGACACUCCGCGCGACCUCACAGGCUACGGCCCAACUCCACCUAACCCCCACUGGCCGAACGAUGCCAAAGUCGCCAUCUCGUUCGUCAUCAACUAUGAAGAGGGUGGCGAGUAUUCCGUCUUGAACGGCGAUAGCCACUCUGAAACCUACCUCACGGAAACCCCAGGCGGAGACGCUCGCCACGAAGCCCGGAAUACCAACGCCGAAAGCAUCUAUGACUAUGGCGCCCGGGCCGGAAUCUGGAGAUUGCUGAGAGUAUUUGAGCAAGCUCGUAUGAAAGGAACCGUGUAUGGGGUUGGUAAGGCGCUUGAAGCUAACCCCGAAGCGACGAAGCGAUUCCUGGCGGCUGAGUGGGAGAUGGGGAGCCAUGGCUGGCGGUGGAUUGAUUACCACGACAUGUCUGAAAGUGAUGAGCGGGUGGAAAUCGAGAAAUGCAUUGACUUGUCGAUUCAGCAAGCUGGUCGAGCACCUACAGGGUGGUAUGUUGGUCGGCUUUCGCCACGCUCGCAUGCUCUCAUCUACCAGAUAUACAAAGACCGUGGCUUAGAGUUGCUCUGGAUCUCCGACUCGUACGCGGACGACCUACCAUACUAUCAACCUCUUCCAGCCACAGUCGCUGCCAAAUACGGCAAGGACGAAGCGCUCUUGAUCCUACCGUAUACGCUGGACUGCAACGACUUCAAAUAUUUCACUAACAACAAUUGGUCGUCGCCAGACGACUUGCUGAAUUACCUCAUAGGCGCCUUUGACGAGCUCUAUGCGGAAGGGAGGGCGGGCGAGCCAAAGAUGAUGUCGAUCGGCCUUCAUGCUCGCAUCAGCGGCCGGCCAGGUAGGGUCGGCGCAGUGAGGAAGUUUGUGGAUUACGUGAGCAGCAAAGAAGGAGUGUGGGUAGCGACCAGGGAGGAGAUCGCAAGACAUUGGCGGAGAGAGCACACUUACCAGCCAGCCUCGUGA